AUGACUCCUGCUGUGAACCGUCCCACUGAUACCAAACAGAAGGAGCAGGAUAUCAACCAAAAGCUCCAACUGUUUGGCAUCUACCAUGCUUUCAAAAACAGCAAGCUGCCCUCGAACAAACAGUGUGAUGUCGCCUUGAACAGUGCCCUGGCCUCCAAGGCCCUCUCAUCGCCACCGGCGGAACUUUCCGCCGAGGGAAAGGUCCUGGUUAAAGACCUGCGCAAUGUUAUCGAACAGGCCAAGAAGAUGCUCCUCACUAAGAACGAGGGUGAGCUUCUACAGGACUUUAUCUGGCAGGCUCAGCAGAUCACCGCCGGUGAUGCCAAGGCGCCCAAUAUGCCCGUUAGCAAGGAGGCUGGCAAGCAGGAUGGCGAGAAGGCGCUGCAGGGUCUCAAGACUCUAGGAACACUCCUCAUCACCAACGGAGAGUUCCGAAAGAUUCUGAGCGAUGCGACCAUUCUGCUGCGCGAUAUCGCUGGUGAUGCCUCCCAGAAGGCCGCCAACAGUGUCCGUCCCUCUGAGGAGCAACUCGCGCAGAUUGAUUCCCCCGCCGAGGAGAACGUGUGGCACGAGAAGCCCAACGUGUCCAAGGAUGACAUGAAGAAGCGCUUCAAGAAAAACAAGGUUGACAAGGCAAGUCUCGCCUCUGACUCCAUUGCUGAGAGCACUGAAGCCGGCGAUGCGGCAUCUGUGACCCCUUCGGAGAUGAGCCGUACCCGGAAUCUUGCCAACAAGACCAAGGAAUACCUGGCCGAGAAAAUUCCCAAGGAGCGCCGCGAUCAGACCAUCUGGCGCUUGAAGAAGAUGAUCAUUGAGAUUCAGGGACACGCUGACUACCAGCAAGCCGUUGAAACUCUGCUUGAUAUGGCUGAGAAGUACGCUGGCCACACCAAGAACACAGCUACUCAGAGCGGUGGUGCGGUUAAGGACAUCCGCAGCACUGACAGCGUCAAGGCUGUCGAGUACAACUUGCGCACUCUCAUUGAGCGUUUCGCCAACAACACCUCUCUGUCCGAUUUCUUCGACUCGUUGAACACUAUCUACCGCGAUGCUGAGAAGGACCCCGAACUGCGUGAAUGGUUCAAGAAUGCCGACACUUACAUCCGCAAGUGCCUGCGUGAGCAGGGCUUUAUCAUGGAGGAAGAGGCUAACAAGCAGUGGAACCUCUUGUACGAGAAGGGCCAAUACCUGAUGCGUGAGCGUUACCGCACCCACACCGAUCGCAUCAUUGACGAGAUCAAGUUCCUCGCUGAGCAGUUCGACAAGGACCCUCAGAACAAGGCUUUGUCUGAGUCCAUUCAGAAGCUCUUCAAGGACUUGGGUCGCGACUCUGGUGGCAAGGUUGCCUUCAAGAAGGAUCUGCUUAUUGACAUCCGCGACAUCAUUCUCCCCGGAAUCUUUGAGAACGUCCGUUACGUGCCUAUUCCUCGUAUUGAGGUUUCCGACCCCAUGGUGGACGUUGUGGUUGAGAACCUCGUCAUUGAGAGUGACAACCUGAUGCCCAAUGUUGUUGAAUUUGGCAGUGACAACUACUUCCGCUGGGGUCGCAAGAAGAUCAGCAGCAAGCGUGAUAACAAGAUCAUGAUCUCCGCAUCUGGUAUCCAGGCUGAUCUGCGUGAUGUCAGCUACUACAUCAAGAAGAAACAAGGAUUCCCCUCGAUCACCGACGCCGGUGUCAUGGAUAUCCUGCUCGGCGGCGAGGGCUUCGGCUUCAAGAUCGCCGCAUCUACCGCUUCCAAGGGCGACAAGCAGCACUUCGUCAAGCUCGACAAGAUCUCCGUCAACAUUAAGAACCUUGACAUCAAGCUCAAGAAGUCCAAGCACAAGGUCCUUUUCGCCACUUUCAAGCCCAUGCUCUUCCGUGUCGUCCGUCCCGCUCUGGAGAAGGUCAUCGAGGCUCAGAUCCGCGAGGCCUUCAACAAGGGUGACAUCUGGGCCCACGACAUCCAGACCGAAGCCAAGAAGGCCGUCGAGGCCGCUCGUGAGGACCCCGAGAACGCUCCCAGCAUGUUCUCCCGCUAUGCCGAUGCCAUUCGUGCUCGUAGCCAGGCCAAGGCCAAGGAGGUCGAAGCCGCUGUCAAGCGCGACACCAAGGUCCAGACCGUCAUGACUCUGCAUGAUUCGAUCUUCCCCGACAUCAAGCUACCAGGUGGUGUCUCCAACAAGGCUACUGAGUAUGCCGAUCUCGCCACCAAGGGUGAGCGUUGGGAGUCCCCCAUCUUCAGCAUCGGUAGCGCUGCCGAAUCCUCCAAUAUCCCUUCCAGCGGUCCUAUCACCCGCAAGACUCACACCACCGCUGACGGCGUUGCUGGUGCUGUCUCUGGUGGUGCGGCUGGAGUCGCGUCCGCUGCUGGUGCUUCAGGCUCUGCUGGCGCUGCUGCAUCUACCACAGUUGAUGGAUAUCCUUCCCGUGGAUUCUCUGAUGAAGUUGACCAGGCAUUUGUCAAUGAGAAGACUACCAAUCUGAGUAAGAUUACCAAUGGCGCUACUCAGGUGACUAAUGGUUCUACUGUUCACCAGUAA